UUUGGAUUCGCCUCGCGUCCCUCGAGUAAGUACACGCGUUCGAAGUAUACGAAAUAUACAGUGGUAAAAGUGUGCGCGCGUGUCGCGUCGAACUUGCUUGCUCGCUUGCUUGACCGCGGGUUAAGUCACGGGACGGGACGGAACAUUUGUAGGUGUUCGAAACGAAGAAGUGAAUGAUGAAGUGAACAGUGAAAAGCAAGAAGAAUAUACGACGAAUCCUCGAGGUGGUGGUUUUGUUCGAUCGAUCGGUGCUUUCGGCCACGGUGUGACUCUGUCCAAGCGCCACCGCCGUCUCUCCGCGAGCCAGUAUCACCGUAUCAACGCAUCUUUCCUCGUGGAUGAGUGCUCUACGCUUGCCGGUGCUUCGCAAAAAACUCUCCUCCCCCGGUGUUUCUCGCAAAGUAAAUUCGUGAUAUCCUACGAGAAAGAUAUUGUUUCCAAGUGAGAGGCAGGGUUCCAAGGUGAGAGGGUUCUCGAGGGUACAGGAGGAGGAAGGAGACGUGCGAUAUGUCGAGCGGACGGCUCGCGACGGACUUCGAGGGGAGAUCGCAGGGGGAGCGACGAGAACGCAGCGUGGAUCGAGGCCUACGCUCCUGAACGUUUCGUCCACGUAGCACGUUGCAAAUUCGUGGAAAAACUCGCGAGUAUGCCCGAGAUCCGAGCGACGGCCGAGACUGGAAUCGCGCUGCACCUGGUAACAUCGGCGUCACUCGACGCGGCACGGAUCACUGAGAUACAACGGUAAUCGAAUCCUACACGAAGAAACAAAACAUCCCUCGUGUAUCGAAAAAGAAGAAAGAAGAAGAGGAGGAGGAAGAGGAGGAAAAGGAAAAAAAGGAGGAAAAAGAGAGGAAAAGAAAGGGAAAAAAAACCAACCGCAACGUCUAAAAUUCGAUCCCCCGUAAUGUGUAUUGUGUUGUUGUGCGUGUGAAAUCCAAGUUGUCGAACGGUAAGAAAGAAAGAAAAGAAGAAGAAGAAGAAGAAGAAGAAGAAGAAGAAGAGUAGAAGCAAGAAGAGGGCGGGGAGAAGAAGGAGAGGAAAGAGAGAAUCGAAAAGAGGAAGGGGGAAAAAAUAGGAAGAAGAGGAAAAGGAGGAAGAAAAGGGAAAAGCCUCCCUCGGUUUUACAGAGUCACUCGAAGAGGAGAAUCUCGCGCGACUCGGCACACCCGCCCGUCUCGAUGAGAUUCGAACAAGACACAGCGUGCAGGGGUACCCACUGCGCCAGCACUCCGCAACCCUCCGCGCUGCAGCAGCGAUCACGGAUCGAGGAGGUGGUCGAGGAGGAGGUGGACUCCUCCUUGAAGGACAUAGACGUAGGCCAACGGCGUAGACGAGAAUUGGAGGCUAACGUGGUCGAGGGUGCGAACACGGGGCCGAGGGCCGAGGCGGGGGGGCCUGGGAUGGCGUACCCCGCGUCAGCGACGGCUCUCAAUCAACACUCGGCCUUCGCAGCCACCUCGAUCGCUGGCACGCCGCCGGCCAACCCCAACGGCCACAUAACCGGCGGCCACCUGCCCGCGCCGGCCGCCCCGCGCCCGACGGACUUCAGCGUCUCCUCCUUGCUCACCGCCGCGACCACUCACCCCCCGAUAUUAGGCGGCUCGUCCUCGCAGGGGAGCGCGUCGCCGCCGCCCGGCGGCCCGGGUAGCCCGGCCGCCGCGCCGGAAACGCCGCCCCCGUUGCCGAGCCAGAGGGAAUUGUCCCAUCCGUCCUCGGCGGUCGCCGCGGCCAGCUACUUCAGCGCUGCCGCCCUGGCGGCGGCCGGAUUUUACAAUCCGGCGGCCCAUCUGCCGGCGACCAGCUCGCCAGGCCCGACGGCCCAUCAUCUGCAGGGGAAAGGGAUCCUCAGCGGCACCCAUCAUCAUCCGCAUCUUAACCCCCACGGUAUCACGCCGCCAGGUUUAGGCUUGGGUCCGCACACGCCCGAGGAAGCAGCCGUCCUGGCGGCAGCGGCGGCAGCGUUGCACCAUCAUCAUCAAGGCGGUCCUGGUGGACCAGCGAUGAGGCCGCUCAGGCCUCCCUUACCCCCGGGGAUGCUGCACACCUCGCCACACCCUCUGGCGCCGCACCACCCCCUCGCGGGCCCCCACCACCCUCUCGUGCCCCCCCAUCACCCGGAGGAGGACGGGGUCGUGGACGAUCCGAAGGUGACCCUCGAGGGGAAAGAGCUUUGGGAGAAGUUCCACAAACUCGGCACGGAAAUGGUCAUCACAAAGAGCGGCCGGCAGAUGUUCCCUCAAAUGAAGUUCCGAGUUUCCGGAUUGGACGCGAAGGCCAAGUAUAUCCUCCUGCUGGACAUCGUCGCCGCGGAUGACUACAGAUACAAGUUCCACAACAGCAGGUGGAUGGUUGCGGGGAAGGCCGACCCGGAAAUGCCGAAGAGGAUGUACAUCCACCCGGAUUCGCCGAGCAGCGGUGAGCAAUGGAUGCAGAAGGUCGUGAGCUUCCACAAGCUCAAACUCACUAACAACAUCAGCGACAAGCACGGCUUUGUAAGUACUACGAUAUUGAACUCGAUGCACAAGUAUCAGCCAAGGUUUCACCUGGUGCGGGCCAACGACAUCUUGAAGCUUCCCUACUCCACGUUCAGGAGUUACGUUUUCAAGGAGACGGAAUUCAUCGCGGUCACCGCCUAUCAGAACGAGAAGAUCACCCAAUUGAAGAUCGACAACAAUCCGUUUGCGAAGGGAUUCCGGGACACGGGGGCGGGGAAGCGCGAGAAGAAAAGGCAGGCGCUGUUGACGGUGUCAGGUGGCGGUUCCCGUCUGACAACAGGUGGGCCAGCAUCCCCCGAGAAGCGUCGCUCGUCCAACUCCGUCAACGACCUGCUGGACGACGAGGACAAACUGUUGGACGUGGUGGGGCCCGACACGCCGCACCCGGCUCACCAUCAACGGGAGCGGGAGCACUCCCGCGAGAGGGAGGACCGAACGAGCGAGAGGGGCGAGGGGAGCGAGUCGUCGGGGUCGGAGAGCGGGGGUGGAGCGGGCCCGACGGGUUCGGAGGGGCCCAGGCCGGACGUCUCGGUCGGUCCGCCGCUCCACCCGCCCCUGCUACCGUACCUCUACCCCCCGGUGCCGGGCCUGUACCCGGGCCCGGGCCCCCUGAUACCGCCCAGCCCCCUCGGGAUGCACGGCGGAGUGACCCCCGGCAUGCUGUUCAACGCGCAACUGGCCCUGGCCGCGUCCCAGCACCCGGCCCUCUUCGCCCACUACCCUCACCCCCUCGCCAGCCCCCUCCACCAGCUCAAGGGGCACCGUUUCGCCCCGUACACCCUGCCCGCCCCGUCCCACGGCUCCGCUUUCGAGACCGUGACGCCUGGUAGCAGGACCCUCAGCCCGAGGUCCCCGCCGCCUAGGCCCCCGACCGGAUCGCCGACACCCACGCCGGCAGGCCUCGCGUCGGGGGGCAGCUCCGCGGGUGAAUUGAAGUCGAUCGAGAACAUGGUGAACGGGUUGCAGGAGAAGAGGAGGCGCAGCCCGAGCCUGACGCCCGGCGGGCACAGGGGGGACGCGGACGCUGGAGGGGGGAGUCCGUGACAGGAGAACGAGCCCGUGACCAGCACGAACGAUGACCCCGCGAGCGAGCAGCUGAUCGAACCCUGCGAGCCCGAACAGCUAUCCGGCGACGAGAGGGAGCCGGACUCAACCUCCGAGCCGUCGUAGCGGGGGAGAAGAGGGUCGUCGGUCCGCGGCUCUGCCGCCAUCCGUGCCCCGAUCGAUCGGGACGGGACGGGUCCACGCCGAGGGAGGACCGGGCCCCGGGGACCUGGACGAGGGACGCUCGAGAUAACGAAGUGCAAUUUCACCCCGGGGAUCGUCGCCCUCGCGGGGGUCGAUCUCUCGGGACGCGCCACCGUCGUGGCAUCGCUUCCCUGCGAGUGUGUACAUAAAAAUGGCCGGGAUGGACGACGCGGGGCCCGGCCCGUGGACGCUGCACGAGGAGGACUGCGCGCGAUGCCGGUGUACAUUUUUGUUUACGGGGCACGGAAAGGGGGAGGGAAAGGCGAAGAACGUGGCUGGAGAACGGGGCUGGGAGAGGUUGCUAGUCGUGUUGUAGGGACGAGAGGCGAUCGAGACGAAGAAGAGGGAUAUUUCGAGCCGUUUGGAGCGUGGGGGGGCCCUCGAAGGUGGUGGUGGAAGGAACAACGCGUCGUCUCGUCGGACGUGGAAAUAGUCUCGAGUCUUGAGUAUCGGUCGAAAUACGAAAUUCCAAGGGUUUCGAGACCUUUAACGAUAAUCGUCUUCGUUUCUACGAAUCUACGAAUCGAUCCGAUCGUUCUUGGGAUUAUUUCUUAGGGCCACGCCACGCUCGAGGUGAUUCGAAAAGUGAGAAAAGGAGGAGGAAGUCGGUGUGAGUCGGUUGGUUGCUGGAGGAGCAAAAGAGUUGAGGACGAAUAAUAUAAACGAUAGGUUACGUUCUACGUCCGCGAGCGAGAGUCGAUAAGGGAGACAUUGCAAUACGAGAGCAGCUCCUACUAUUUGCAGCCCCUGUACAUAUGUACCCUAGUGAUAUUAUAUUAUAUUAUAUAUAUAUAUAAAUAUAAAUAACUACUCUCUGUAUUAAUUAUUAAAUAUAAUAUUAUAUUAAUUAUUAGAGAGACGUAAACGACGCAUAAACGCACGCUGCCCGAUCACGCGUCGAUGCCCUCGAAACUAGUGAAAAGAAAAGGGAAUAAAUAAUGGAGACGAUGAGAGAGAGAGAGAGAGAGAGAGAGAGAGGGGGAGAGAAAAGUUGUAAAACGAACGAGAACGAAAUUAUAUUCGAUCCUAAUAAAACUUUCGUCGCGAGAAUUGUUUCGUCGCGUGUUUCACGCGUGAUUCGAAAUAAGAAAGGAAAAGGAAACGGAAAAAUCGGGCGUCGUUCCUCGAUUCGCACAGAGGGCGCCACAAUGGGCAGCCUCGUUCACGAACUCGUUUUCGAAAAUUGAAUCGGAACGACACGUCGAAAGAUCUCUCUCGGGGCUUUCAUCCAUCUCUUCUCGACGUCGUUGCUUCGAAAAUGGAACACCGCUCGCCCUUCCCACCCCCUUGCGUCCCUCCUGUUUGUAUAAACGAUCGAUGUAGAUUACUCGCGGGAAUCGUCGUCGUAGAACAUCGAGUUUCACGGUAACUCGAGAGAGAGAAAGAGAGAGAGAGAGAGUGAGAGAGAGAGAGAGAGAGAGAGAGGGCGAAGAAUCGUGAAGAGAAAGUGACUCGAGACCUGUGCCGUUUCCGAAACCCGAGGAUGGAUCCCGCGAUUCGGUUGACCCUUUGAUCGAGAUGAUAUUCUUCGGAUUCUCGGUGAGAUCGGCAAAUCUCGAUCGAAUCUAAUUUCGGAUCGAUAAUUGAACGAGGAAUGGAUCACUGAGCGUUUUAUCAGGGGUGGUGAGAGAGUGCAAUUGCGUUUUUUUUUUGGGACCGAUAUUGUACGGAUACGUAAAUGUAAAAUUAUUUCUCUUCUCUUGGCGAACAGUAAGUUCUAUCGAUGCUCCCUCCUUGAUUUGAUAUUUCGUUUUUUUUUUUUUUUUUUUUAUUUUAUAUAGAAACGGGACGGAUUGUAGUAUAAAAUGUGAAAUUUUUUUGUUACUUAUUACCGUGUAAAGAAUGCGAAGUUGUAAUUAGUUUCGAUCGAUCUAAUAAAUGUUAACUGGUGACGCGAAUAAUUAAUUGCGAACUGUGGUUAACGAUAAUCGAAAUAUUACUUCUAAAUGUAAAUGUGUACCAUGUAAUGUUCCGAUUGUACGAAACGACGAACCGUAGUCAGGUUGACGAAUCUAAAGCGUUGCUAUAUAUAAUUAUUCUUCGAUGGAUUCUUUUCGUCUAAUUAUUAUCUUGAAAAAAACAAACUCGUGAUA